GAGGAGGCAUGACAAACAAAACCGAUGCGCUUUGCGUAAACUGCGCACCCCAGCCGCCUCAUUACCAACUGAAUGGCUGGUGAGCUGUCAGGUAACACAUUUUGAGGACGCAUGUCAAUUUCCUUUAAUGUUCUCAGCAACUUGUCAAACAUGAAAGUGGGUGGGUGACGGUAUAUAAGACAGUCCUAAUCUGCUCGGUCGAGGAAUCUCUCUUGUCGCUGACUGACCGACAACAUGCGCUCAUUGGAAGCCCUGGGCGUCGCGCUGCACGCAUCGCUGCUGGUGUUGCUGGCACACGGGAUUCAUAAAUUCAGGGAUGGACCCAUCAAGAAGUCUCACCCGUUCCCCCUGACGGAGCGAUCCACGGGACACCACCUGCCCACCUAUAUGAUGCAUCUUUAUAGGAAUUUCAAGUCGAACUUCUCUGGGCCUUUAGAUAACAUGGAGCAAGACGCUGCGAAGCGAGCAGACACAGUGAAGAGCGUGAUGGCGAAAAGUCUGAUUCACAGACAUGGCCGUUGGGUGGCGACGUUUGACCUAAACGUGUUGCUGGCUGAUACGCACAUCCAGGCUGCAGAGCUGAGAAUCAGAUUUAAUUCAUCACAAAAUGCUCCCAACGAUUCUGUGGAGGUGUAUCACCUGGACCAUGAGCCAGUGGGACUGCUCGACAACUCAUCACUGGUGACUUCGUCACACAGCUGGAAGGUGUUCAACAUGACAAGCCCACUCCUGGGGUGGCUCGGGCAGAAAUCAGCUGCAAAAAUCAGAAGCAAAAGAAUAUCAAGGCCCAAGAAAGCCAUAGAGAAGAAGAGAGGCCUCCCUUUUCAGCCUGUUUCUGAGAUGAGUGGCCAGGCCUUGCUGGUUGUCUUCUCCCACAUGGAGUCUAAUGAAAGCUCCAUGGCUAAAGCGAGCCUGCUGCAUACAGCUGAGCAAUCUAAGUUCUUGUCGCCCGCUGAAAUCAAAGAGGUCCCCUGGCGUAGGAGCAAGCGGGGCCAGAGAGAACAAACAACAAGAAGCUCACAGUUGUUCAUGAGAGGAGAUGAAAUGUCCCUCUGCCACAAAGUGGACCUAUAUGUCAACUUCCAACAAAUUGGCUGGGGUUCCUGGAUUGUCUUUCCCAAAAAAUACAAUGCCUACCGAUGUGAAGGUUCCUGCCCUGGUCCUUUGGGAGAAGGCCUAAAUCCAACAAAUCAUGCUUACAUGCAGAGUCUCCUGAAACAUUACCAUCCUGAUCGAGUGGCACCACCAUGUUGCGCCCCGACCAAAAUGAGCCCACUGAGCAUGCUGUACUAUGAGAACAAUGAGAUGCUCCUUCGACACCACGAAGACAUGGUUGUGAAUGAGUGCGGCUGCCAGUGAACACCACAACUAAAGAGUCGAAUGUUUUGCAAAGUGGCAGGAAAGCACACACAUGCUGUAAAGAGGCGAAGCGAUUCCUGGAAAAAAAGAAAACACUUAGCCUUAAGGGGAAAAAGCUCUUUGAAAGUUGUGAUAGUGCACUGUUAAGACUGUAUCUUAUACAUGUUUGGAAUAUGACCUAAAUGUGUGAUGUAGGCUCUGGUUUUUAAGUAGGACAAUGUUAUUUUAAGAAGUGCUAAAAUCCAUAGUCGAAAAGUUACCAGCUAUUGUCACAAUCCACUACAGUCCAUAAUUAACUCACAAUCUAUCAAUGUAUUCAGUGUUAACGUGAAAUGACAUUAUUAAAUAUUCCUGUACUGUCUGUAUUGUACACUAUACUGUUACUGUAAAUUAAUGUAUAUUUAAUGAUUUAAUGUAACUAUUAAAAACGUAUUUAUGUUCA